AUGGAGCCAUCAGACAAAUGCUUGUUUAAAUACAAGGGAUCCUAUUUUGUUCCAGAUCUGACUACACCAGAAACCAUUGAUUCACUGGAGGAUUUUGAAAUCAGAGACAGUGAUGUAUUUCUGGUAACUUUUCCCAAAUCAGGCACCAUAUGGAUACAGUACAUUUUGAGCCUGAUUUAUCAUGAAGGUCAUCGAAAUGGAACUGAAGACACUGACCUGAUGGACAGAAUUCUAUGGCUGGAAUACAACAUUCGCAAUAGAGAUUACAUCAGUAGCCCAUCACCUCGUCUCUUUGCUACCCAUUUACCCUAUUAUUUAAUGCCAAAGGAAUUAAGAAAGGGAAGAGCAAAGAUUAUUUAUGUGGCCAGAAACCCAAAAGAUGCCUUGGUCUCAAGAUAUCAUUUUUCCAAAAUGUCUGUCAAAACUGAAAAAAUUGCAGACUUUGACGUUUUCAUGGAGAGGUUUUUGGCUGGUGAAGUGGUAGGUAAUUUUUGGCUAGACCAUGUAGAAGGCUGGACUGCUCAGCGGGACAACCUGAAUAUUCUCUUCAUUCUGUACGAAGAAAUGAAGAAGGAUCUAAGAAGCUCUGUACUGAAAAUAUGCAACUUCCUAGGAAAGAGAUUGACAGAAGAGGAGUUGGAUGAUAUUGUGGAUAAGGCUUCAUUUGGCAAAAUGAGUGUGGAUCGUAGAGCUAAUUAUACAACUGUGUCCCCUGAAAUCCUAGAUUUCACCAAAGGACGCUUUCUGCGCAAAGGUACUGUUGGAGACUGGAAAAAUAUGAUGACAGUUGCACAAAGUGAAAGGUUUGACAGUAUUUUCAAGGAGAGGAUGGAAAAGCUGCCUUUUAAGUUCUUCUGGGAUAUCAAGGAAUUUUGACAUGCAAUGAGCAAACUUGCCUGUUUUCCUUUGUACAGAUUUUGUUCCAAUUUGUUUCCAAAUUAGAUUGCAAAGCUUGUUGGGCAACAUGACACAAUGCAUUUAUGUACAAAAUUUUGUGUUUUUUUGUUUGGUUAGAGACAGUGUUCUGCAAUGUUCAGAUAAUUAGAAAGGAUACAAAGAUAAUUGCAUUGCGUAUUGUGCAUUGCUUACAAAAUGUGAUUCGGACAAGAUCAUAUUAAAAUGUGAACUUUA